UACAUUUUGUUCUUGGUGAACUAUAGAUCACAGCCAUAGGCCAAGACUUUUUAAAAAUGAGUCCAACAAACAACAAACAUGUAUUUCAGAUGUAUAAGUUGCUAAGUAUAGGACUUAAAUGCUUGAUGUCAUUUUGUAAUACUGCUGGACUAGCGCCAGCCACUAAACUCUUCAGCUGUCCAUCAACAAGUGUAAGAAGAGUUCACCAACUGUGUAUCGUAGAACUAUUUGGGAAGGCUGAGAAACUUAAAUAUUAUGGCUAUUCAGGUCUGGUAGGUUGAGAGUCAUGACUCCCACAUGACCUGGAUAUAUUCUCUCUUUCAAGCAGACAAUUCUUUUAGCCUUUGUGACAGGACACGAGUGGUGUCACACAUUCAACUGAACACUUACUAAGUGCAGUUAAAGUGCAAGCAGACAAACAUUCAAGCAGUUUAGCACGAAUUAAGUGUCCUCACAGCAUUGCAAAGUUAUCCCCUUUCAAGCAAGGGUUACAUCCGAACAUACUUUAACAUGUCACAACAUUCCAUGAGUUGCAACUGUUGCAAAUGACCCCAUGACAAGGCCCAUAGAUUGUGAUCCAAUAACAGGCUCUGGUUUUUCUAGAUUUUUUUUUUUACUUACUGCUUUGUUCCAAUUAUAAACUAACUGCACAUGUCAGGCUUGCAUUUUCAGGUUAGUUUUAGGAAAUGCUUUUUCUCCAAAUAUGAGUUAACUACAGAUAAAAUCCUUGAACUGCUCUUGCCCUUACAAAAUCCCACAGGAGACUCAAAUAACCAAGGAAAGGCCCCAAAGGUUAAAUGGACUAAAAAUAUCAAAAUAAACAAGUAUCCUUUAAGUAUCCCUGAGUGUCAGCUCAGGUUUGCCCUUUUCCUAAAAGUGUGAGCACAGUUCAUUCAGUCAGUUUGUAUCCUGGAAGGUGGCAUUUAUCUUGUCUUUUUAAAUAGGUUAAAUUCACCCUGGGACAUUUUUAAAUUCAGAGCUAGAAAUGUUCAGGAGCACUGGCCAUUUCCAGAUAAUAAAUGCACAGUCCACUGCAAAAUAAUUAAAUAGUAAAUAAAAAUCUUUUUUUUUUUAAUGUCCACACUUCUGAAGUGUAUCUAACUCCACCUGGUUUCUUGCCAGUCACCUUGUGAGCUGCGUCCUUGCUCUGUAGGUCCAGCAGUGACCUGUCUCAGAGCUGGGGAACCAGGUUUUCCCAGAUUCCAAUAUUGGAGUCGGGGGGUUUGAAAGCCUUAACUUGCUACAGGGCUCUCUGGGCUUCUGAGCUCCUACCCUGCUUGCCUCCUGCUCUAAGAAGCAGACCAGGGAGAUCCCCAGGAAGAGGAGGGUGCUGAGUCAUGCAGCCAUCUCAGCCCCUCCCUACAUGACCCAAGCCUCCCAGAACCAAUGACCCUUUGCAAUACCCCCAUAGGCCUAUGAGCUCCGGCAUCCAGGUAUAGGGCACAGUCAUCCACUCUGGGCAGGGGGCAGCAAAGCAGAUGACCUGCUGCAAAGGAGCAGAUGACCCCACGCUGCCCAGCCCUUCGGGAUGCCGGCCAAGGUUAUCUUUUCAUUAAGAUCCUUUUCCCCAAAACCUAGGGCAGCCCUGCAGAUCCUUCAACAACAGCUGGAUUUGUUUCAGGCACUUUGGCAACAGACUCUGGAGAACAUUAACAUGUCCGAAAUCAGUGAGAUAACGAACAAAAGGGUAAUUGAUGCGACAACUUCACAGGGUAGCUCAGAGAAGUUUCUGAUGACCAACUCACCUGCCAAAACACUUGUGAGUAUGUUACCUAACCCUUAUCACCACAGAAGUAGGGAUUUUGCCAAACCUAAAUGUGUUAUACCUUGCUCUAGUAUGAAAGCUGAAAGUAUUACUACUGCUAAUGACAAAUCCAUUUUGGAUGAACCUAAAGCUCCCAUGACUUUCCUUGAAUAUGAUGAUGAAUUUCAUUUAACAGACUUUAACUAUUCUACCAAACAAUUGAAACAAGAUCUCCAAAAGCCUGAUGAACAGAAACUAGGACAGAUGAUUGAACUUCAGAAUGUUUCCUGUAGUCAAUAUAAUGAUUCUGGUUAUAUGUCAAAACAAGAGCCCAAAAUAUCAACUCUUUUUUUAUCUUGCAAGAAAUUAAGUGGGGACUCAAAAUCAAAAGAAAUUUCAGAAUCUGAAAAAACAGUAGACACAUCACAUAUUACGCUGGUUGCUCUUCAAGAAAAUAAUCUGAAUCUUGAUAAAGAAUUUAAUAAAGAUUCUAAAUAUGAAACAUUUUGGAAUUUUGCCAUUAAAAGUACAUGCAGUACCCAAGGAGAAGCUGAAAGCAAAAAGAAAAAUGAAUUUUAUAGCAUUGUCAAUGGUGUUAAAGGGUUCCAGUUCAAUGUCUUUUCCAAAACAAUAAAGGAUAAGUUACAAAUGUUUGAUCACAUAGAACAAUUGCAGAGAGAAAAAGACGACCAACUGCAUAUACUAAGCCAACGAAUACUAGAGCCUGGAAAUCCUCAAUUCAAUGACAUCAAAGCUGUGUCAGAGUACUCUGGAAAAACUGAAGGGUCACAAAGUUCCGCCAAAUAUUCUGAACACUUGCAGCAUUUUAUUUUGCAACUUGAAAAUGAAAACGUAACUUUCAAGGCAGAAGUGAAACAUCUUACUAUUAUAAUACAGUCUCUGAGAGAAAAAAGCUCAAAAUAUGAAAAGCAAAUUAAAGCUCUGGCUGAAGAAAAGCAAAACGUGAAAGGCAGGUUAGUUAAAUCAGAAGAAGACAGCAAGGAAUGUAUUAAAGAAGUGAAAAGGUUGUUACAAAAAUAAAAGAAUUUCAGAACCACAAGAAAACUCUCCAAGAAGAGAGGAGCCAACUCUGUAUUGAAACUCUGUAUGAGGCAAACAUUAGACGACUUUAAAAUUAAGGAUCAAGAAGCACAAGAACAUAUGAUUGCUGCUACCAAUGAAAAAGAUAAACUUACUGUGGUACUGGAUUCUUUGCUAAAGGAAUCUUCAGUCUUUCGAGAAGCACAUCGGAAACUAGAAACAAAAACAUCCCAGCUUAUGAAGAAAAAAACCUCGCUUGAAAAAGAACUUGUACAAAAUCAGAUUGAAAUAAAGCAGCUGAAAGAAAAAGAAAAUGUAACAAAAUCAGAACAGGAGACUCUUCUUCAAUCAGUGCAGUCACUUAAAGAAAACAAAGUUAACCUUGAAAUGACAUUGCAGGAAUGUGCUAAAGUGAGACAAAUGCAACAGAAGGAGCUUGAGAAAGUCCAAUCAGAUAAAGUUUAUGCCGAGGAGAAACUCCUUACUGAAUUUAGAAAUGCAAAAGCAGGAAUUGACUCUUUGAAGACUAAUUUGGCCAAUGUGGACAGAGACUAGGAGAGGUUAUCAAUUGUUGUCAGAAACAUCACAGAGGAAAAUCAGCUAUUAAAAAAAGAAAUACAGGACCAUAAACAUGAUGUUUCCAAAUAUCAAAUUAGCAUCAGAAGACUAAAUGAGGACCACUUACUAAUGGAAAACCACCUGGAAACUACAGAAAAUGAGAGGGAUGCAUUGCAAUUUGAAGUCCACCAUCUGCAGAAGGAUUAAUGUGCAGGACCAAAUCACUGCCCUGCUUAAUGAGGAGUGUAAAUACAGGUAUAUUUCAGGGAGUCAGGAAAAAGUUUACUGUACAUAUUCCACAAAAAUUUGUGAAGAAAUUUCUGAUUACAAGUGUACAGCUUUAGUAUAUAAUCCACGAGGUGUGCAUUAUACUUUACAACAUUUUACCACGCUAGUGGUUUUUUAUUACCAUUAUUUUUAUUUAUCCAAGUUUGAACCUAAGUAGCUUUUCAGAUAAAAUUAUUGACUAAAAGUAUUAACAUAUCUGAAUACUUGAGUUUUCUGACCAGAGAAGUUAAGUUCUAAGACCAGUUUAAGAUUUGUUUUUCUAAUUUUAAGAAUUUCUUGUUUCUAAAAAAAAAAAAAAAAAUUCUACGUAACACAACAUUUUUUUCUUCUGAUACAACAGACCCACAAUGAGGACAUUAUCCAAAACUUCUUGAAGGCCUGGGAGUUUUUCUUUUGAUGUAGAUGGCCCUUCGAAUGGACCUUUAAAAUGAUAAAUUGUGCUUUCAAGGCCAUUCCCCAUUUUUGUCCUAAUUAUGACCUGAAAGAAAAAGAAAACUGUCUUUCUUUUUCAGGCAAUUCCAGCUAAACUGCAACACAGUCUCUUGAUUCAGAGAAACUGUAAUAAACAUUCCUUCUUUUAAACCAAUUAAAAUUUCUACUGUCCAGUUAUUUCAUUACCACAGUGACCUUUUGGUUUAAAGCUUUUGUUUACAGUCAGCAUUUUCCCACAUGUUUUUUUUGAAUGCCGGACUCUUGGCUGCAUUUCAUUUUUACUAAAAGAGAUUUGCUGCAGCUGUAAAUUGUUAUAGCACCAAUAAAGUCAAAGAAGCCAUGACUAUUUAUGCUACCUAUGGUUCUCACUCACAAAUUUUAAGCCUAGAAGGGAGUGUUAGCUUUUAUAAUCUGACUAACUGCUUAACAGAGUCCAGAACAAUGUGCAUAGUUAUUCUGGCAUCUCGCCCAAUAACAUGAAUUUGAACUAUGCAUCUUUCAUUAAGACAUUCAGUCUUUCUUACGGUUAAUGAUACCUAACCCACACUUUUAAUCAACAUUUUCUUUGUUUUCACAAGUAAUGAAGUCAUAUUUACAAAUGUUUUAAUUAACAACUGGAGAUUUAAGACAUUUGCUAAUACAUCUUAUUUUUCCAGUGUAGAUAUAUGUAGGCAGAAGGACAUAAUUUUGUAGGGAGAUUAGAGAGAAAAGUAGAAUCCAUUACUGCAGAACUAGUCUCCUCAUCCUAUGGAGCUGGGGAAGGGAGGAAUGUCACAGAAAUGUUUCUUAUGUGAUACUUCAUCUAUGCGGAUUAGUAUAAUGGCUCUGUAGCCCCAGAAGGAGUACUGUAGUUUACUUCUUCACUCCACUGUAUUUUUCAAGGGAUCAUUUUAGUUACCUCAAAGGCACUACUGCCAAAUCAUUUCAUAAAAGAAAAAUAAAACAACAAACUGGAGUUCCCCAAAUCCCUUCUAUAGACUUGUAUUUGCUUUAGUAGGAUGAGAUACACUCAUUAGGGUACAUCUUUCGCAGGCCAGAGGCAUGAGAGGUAACUUCCUAAUGUUCAAUAAAGCAUCAAGGCACAUAACAGCUCUUUUCUAGCAUUUGUGACUGUGCUUCCCAUAUAGAUGAGACGCUGCAGUGCUGCUGAGUCUAAUAGCAUAGACAGAAGCUGUGCAAACAGUUCUAUACAGCUCCAUUAUUGUACCUUAACCCCCAC